UAUGGGCCAACUGAGAGUGUUCUGAAGUCAAGCUAUGUGCAACAUAAAAGGUGGGCUUCCCGCUGCCAUCGCAACAUCUCGAUAUUCACAGACUUUCAGAGCACUCUCAGUUGGCCCAUCUUAGAACACCACCUAGACUGAAGCCCAUCUACUCCAUCUACAGAAAUUCCUAGACUGAAGCCCAUCUACUCCAUCUACAGAAAUUCGAUAAGACUCCCCAACAAAACAUGGACGAACUCGAUAAACUGCUUUCCGAGCUACAGGAUGGGGUGUCAGGCUUUGCCCCGCCGGGGAAAGCAGGCGGCAAUGACGGAUCAAAUGGCGCACCAAAAGGAUUUGGUCUCAACAAAGAUAUUCCGGCUUUCGGAACCCCGAUGUCCCAGUUUUCGAAUACCAAUCAGGACAGUUUCCCGUCACAUGGGGAUGAAGUGGACCGCAACCUCGUGCCUUCUGCCACACCCUGCUUCAGUUGCAAUCGGCCCAUCAUGGGCGUCUCAGUGGUCGCAUUAGGGGAGCGACCAUUUCACCAAGAUUGCUUCCGUUGUUGUGUGCAGACGUGUCGGCGGCGGUUGACGGGAAUGCAGUAUUUUGAGGUGUUUCCAGAUGUCUACUGUGAAGGCUGCUACCAUGACAAGUUCAGCCAGAAGUGCGCGUACUGCGAGCAAGCCAUCAAAGACCGAUGUAUAUCAGCUCUUGGUAAGUGUUUCCACCCAGAACACUUCUUCUGUGCGCAAUGUGGUCGCACUUUCGGCCCAAACGAAAGCUUCAUGGAAUCAGAUGGAAUGGCCUAUUGCGAGGAAGACUUCUCGGCACUGUUCGCUUACGAAUGCACGAGAUGUAAGCACCCGCUGGCGGGCGACUACAUCGUCCAGUCUGAUAAGAAGUACCAUAGGGAGUGCUUUGCAUGCACGCAAUGCAAACGAGCCCUUGCGGCAGACAACGCAUUCGAACACGAAGGCUAUCCAUACUGCGAACGCGAUUACCACGUCCUCACGGCCCCAAAAUGCGCUACCUGCGAGAACCCCUUGAUCGGGCGGGCCGUGCGAGCAUGUGGGAAGCGAUACCAUGUGGAAUGCUUCCAGUGCUACUUUUGCAAGAACCAGCUGGAUCUUCCGACACAGGAUCCUGGAUGGGGUGGGGCGGCGAGAGGGAAUGCUGGGUUCAGGCAGCAUGAUGAAAAUCCCUAUUGCCAUCGAUGUUUUGUCAAGCUUUAUGCUUAGAUUUUAGAACUACGCUAAUGAAAGUCUGGGCAUUCAUUCACAGUUCCUUGGGGUGAAUUGUGAGUCAAGUCGUUCUCCGAACGCUAUUGGUUUCCUUUUCGCAUAUAAUUAUGAAUAUUCCAGCGAGCGAAGAACAAAUAUCUCCUAAGAAUAAAUACCAAAUGCAUCCACUAACACUUGUGGCGAAGCCGAGGCUAGUGUACAUCUCACCGAACCCUACGGAACAAAAGGCGUUGGGCUAUCCAAUGCUGACGUUCACCACUCCCUUCUCCCA